GCUCAAGAUGUGUUCCAAACUCACCCUUUUCUUGGGGCUAGUGGCCAUAAUCGCUGCUGUCUAUGCUGCCGAUGAUCCCGCAUCGCCGACAUCCCCAACAUCUCCAACUUCGCCGACUUCUCCAACUUCCCCGACUUCACCAACUUCUCCAACUUCUCCGACAUCUCCAACUUCCCCAACUUCUCCAACCUCUCCCACUUCUCCCACAUCGCCGACCUCACCAACAACACCGGAUGCCACCACUGCCGCCCCCUCUACGGCAGCCACUACCACAGAAAAGACUCGCAGGCGCAGACGCAGGCGCAGGAUAAUCCGGAUCCGCAGGUUCAGGAGGGGCAACCGUCGUCGUGGAUUCGGUAGACGCAAAUUCGGUGGACGCGGAUUUCGUGGACGCAGGUUCCGCGAAGGCGAAUUCGGUGGUCGCCGGUUUGGUGGGGGAAAUGUCCGUGAAGUCGUGAUCCGUGAGCGUGGAUUGGAGCGCAUCCUUUAAGAUCUAUAAGGAAAACAUUAAUAAAAUAAAUCAAAAUAUCAAUUAA